GCUCUUCAGUAAACAAAGCAGUGUUUGAUUGGAUCAGUUGGACUUUCUUUUUGUUAUUUAGCUUCGUAAAUAAGGCAACUUGUUUCAGAAUUUCAUCAUAGUUUAUUUCGAGACCGGUGUUAAAAAAAUACCAGACGAUGCUGCUUCGUAACGUAGAGUCGGAAAAGGCUGCCUGUAUGUUAUCCAGCUGGUACGAACAGUUCGAGAAAAACACCAUCAAAUCGUACAUCAUCCCCAUUCCCGACGAUGUGUUGGAAUACCUCCGACAGGACAUGGUUAUCCUGCCGAAGGAAUGUGCCAAUUUAAAUUCAACGUCCGACGCCAGUGAAACUAUGCAUUUCAAUUCGUACAACGAUCAGUUUAACGAGAACGACGACGAAGACGAGGAGGAGGAAGAUUGCCAGCCGGAGUUUCCAGAAUUUAGCGAGAAACUGACGGCCGCUAUUCGAAAGCUGGGUGGCUCUGCUUUUCUGAAAAGCGACUGGCACUGCCCCAAAGAUGCUCAGUGGAUCACGCUUGGACAGACGCUCUGUGUUAAGGAUAUCACUGAUGUGUACCAGUUGCUGAAGGCAUCUAGCUUCUGCAAGGAAGACUUCGCUGAGAGGUCGGCGGUCAACCAACGUGGAUAUCAUGUCGUGUUGAAAAAGUGGCGUGACAUUCACCCGGGCUCGGAAUUUCGAUGCUUCGUUAAAAACAAAUCGUUGGUUGCUAUUUCUCCCCGGCAUUGGCCCUCCUACCACGAGCAUAUUGCCGCUGAACGGAGUGACAUCGUUUCCGAUAUUGUCUCUUUGUUCAAGGAGAAGAUUAAAGAGCGAUUCCCGUUGAAAGAUUAUGUAUUUGAUGUUUUCCGCCCAGCGAAGGACCACGUGGUUAUAAUGGAUUUUUCACUGUAUAGAAAAGGACACUCGGACAGUUUGGCAUUCGAUUAUGAUCAGUUGGAUGCGGAUGCGGUGGUGGCCACCAUAGAAGAAGAGGAUGAUCCGGAAUUUCGAUAUCUACCAGAGGACUGUGGUAUACAGCCGAACAAACGUAACAAUUAUGGGUUUCCCCAGGAUGUUAUUGACUUGUUUCAACCUACAAAUGGUGCAUCAGUAGGUGAGCCCAAUGAAAGCAUAAUCCAUCGGCUGUUAGAUGAAUGUCAGCAGCAAGCCAAUGAGGGUGGAAAUAAUGAGAAUCAAUAAAUUAUGCUGUAGAAGCAGCAUUCUGUGAAAAAACAUCUUGAAUAUGUAUUUAUUCUCGAGUAAAUGUCGUUUUAGAUGCGAAAAAACAAAAGCUAAACAUUUGUUUUCAGUACAAUGUGCACUUUUAAUGAAUAAAAUAAGUUUUGUAAGCAUUUGAAAUGAAAUAUUACCGCCGUCAUUUAUGAUUGGUGAUGAUGAUGAUGAUGAUGGUCCCGCCCCAUACCCCUACAGAGGUUUGAGCUGGACGAUUUAUCUAUAGAUAAUUAUUGUAAUCACAAUUUCAAUCAGUUAUACAAAAAAAAAAAAAAAACGAACUGAUUCCAUUUCCAGAUAUAAACUUCUUCAAAAACUGUUAACUUGAUUCACAUCGGUAAAGACGUGAAUUGCUGUAGAGUUACACAAAGCUAGCACAGGGUUUUCAUGACCUUCAGUCAGACUAACCACAACUACUUCAUGCAUAUUCUCUAAGCAUUCAAAUAACAAUUUAAGUUUCAAUUGUAAAAGAAUCCAUUUAUAUCUGACUUCCGCGCGCGAGGCUCAAACUUAUGUAGUCACUUUCUAUUAUUUUUUUAAGCUACAACAACAUAAAGGAAAAAAAAAUCCAUCAUCACCACCGCGACGAACACAGUAGUUUUGUCAUUAUAUGUUAAAGAAAAGAUCUAAUAUAAAAUAUAAAUAAAAUUUUACAACACAAUCAUAUCCGUUCGUAAAAAACUUCGUCAGUUACAGGCUUCAAUUAAACAAUCAAUAAAUAAAUAGGUUUCCAAAAAUAAAUAUUUCAUCCAAAAUAAA